AUGUUGGGUGUAUUGACAAAGGGAGUGUUGGAUGAUGGCCGAGGAAAGGCGCGUGUGAACCUGUUUCGACAUAAACAUGAGAUUGAAUCAGGCCGUACGUCUAGUGUAGGAGGCGAAAUUCUAGGAUUUGAUUCCAAGUCAAGACCGAUCAUGCAACACACUAGCCAUACAGCUAAGAGGGCUUCUAGCUGGGAAGAUAUUGCUGCGAAGGCCGCUAAAGUGUUGAGUUUUGUUGACUUGGCGGGACAUGAAAAGUAUUUAAAGACAACUGUGUUUGGCAUGACAGGAAGUGCACCUGAAUUCACUAUGUUGAUGGUGGGAGCCAAUGCUGGUAUGAUUGGUAUGUCAAAAGAACAUUUAGGUCUGGCAUUGUCAUUGAAUAUUCCUGUCUUGGUGGUUAUUACAAAGAUUGAUCGAUGUCCUCAGCAUGUGUUGGACAAGACAAUAAAAGAAUUAGCUUCUAUUCUCAAGUCAAAGUCAUGUAGAAAAAUUCCCUUGUUUGUUGAAAACAAUCAUGAUGUUGUUAUGACUGCUCAAAAUUUUGUCAGUGAACGAUUAUGUCCUAUUUUCCAAGUCUCUAAUGUCACUGGUCAAGGUCUUGAUUUGAUUCGUAAUUUCUUGAAUAUAUUGCCUUCUCUGACCAAAUACGAAACGGACCAGCCUUUUCAUUUCGAGAUUAAUGAAACGUAUUCUGUUCCUUUUGUGGGUACAGUCGUAAGUGGUGUCAUGAAAUCAGGUGUAAUUCACAUUGGCGACAAAGUCUUGUUGGGCCCUGAUCAUGCAGGUCAAUUUGUGACAACGACGAUCAAAGGUAUUCAUCGUAAACGAGUCUCUGUUCCUGCUGCUCGAGCUGGUCAAAGUGUCACUUUUGCACUCAAGAAUGUGCGGCGAAAUGCCAUUCGAAAGGGACAAGUUUUGUUAGCCUAUGACAAGGACAAACCGACCUGGAUUCCUCCUACUUCGAAGCGAUUUGAAGCCGAAGUCUUGGUGCUGUACCAUUCAACCACCAUCAAGAACAAGUAUCAGGCCAUGGUUCAUUGUGGUGCUGUCAGACAGACAGCACGCAUCUUGACUACGGACAAGAGUGUGUUGAGAACAGGAGAUCGUGCCAAAGUGGCAUUUGAGUUUGUCAAGAAUCCAGAGUAUUUGACAGUGGGCACACGCUUGAUAUUCAGAGAAGGGCGUACAAAGGGUGUAGGCAAGAUCACUGCCUUGCUUGAAUGA